CCGCUUCGCCCCUCCCCACAUACCUCUGCUCCAGACCCAUUUCGGAGGCGCGGCCGACGCGCCACGCAGGAGGCACGAGCACGAGCGCGUGCGUACGUAAGCGCGUGCCGACCCCAGCGCGAGGAGGCCCGCCUUCCCGCCCCGCCCCCUCCGGCCUCUCCUCUCCUCCUGUUACCCUCCUGGAGCUGAGGAUCCCCGCACCCGAGCGCACUCUGCGGCUAUGGAGGUCCCUGGGAGCCUGUGCAAGAAAGUCAAGCUGAGCAAUAAUGCGCAGAACUGGGGGAUGCAGAGAGCAACUAAUGUCACCUAUCAAGCUCAUCAUGUCAGCAGGAACAAGAGAGGUCAGGUCGUGGGGACCCGAGGUGGUUUUCGUGGUUGCACAGUUUGGCUGACAGGCUUAUCUGGAGCAGGAAAGACCACAGUGAGCAUGGCUUUAGAGGAGUACUUGGUGUGCCACGGUAUCCCAUGCUACACUUUGGAUGGUGACAACAUUCGUCAGGGUCUCAAUAAGAAUCUUGGCUUCAGUCCUGAAGACAGAGAGGAGAAUGUUCGACGCAUUGCAGAAGUUGCUAAGCUGUUUGCAGAUGCUGGCUUAGUAUGCAUCACGAGUUUUAUAUCACCUUAUACUCAGGAUCGCAACAAUGCAAGGCAAAUUCAUGAGGGUGCAAGUUUACCUUUUUUUGAAGUAUUUGUUGAUGCUCCUCUGCACGUUUGUGAACAGAGGGAUGUCAAGGGACUCUACAAAAAAGCACGGGCUGGAGAAAUUAAAGGUUUCACUGGAAUCGAUUCUGAGUAUGAAAAGCCAGAGGCUCCUGAAUUGGUGCUGAAGACAGACUCUUGUGAUGUGAACGACUGUGUCCAGCAGGUGGUGGAACUUCUACAAGAACGGGAUAUUGUACCUGUGGAUGCCUCUUAUGAAGUAAAAGAAUUAUAUGUGCCAGAAAAUAAACUCCAUCUGGCAAAAACAGAUGCAGAGACAUUACCAGCAUUGCAGAUUAAUAAAGUGGAUAUGCAGUGGGUGCAGGUCUUGGCAGAAGGGUGGGCAACCCCACUGAAUGGCUUUAUGAGAGAGAGGGAGUAUCUGCAGUGCCUUCAUUUUGAUUGUCUUCUGGAUGGGGGUGUCAUUAACUUGUCAGUGCCUAUAGUUCUGCCGGCUACUCACGAAGAUAAAGAGAGGCUGGACGGCUGUACAGCAUUUGCUCUGAUGUACGAGGGCCGCCGUGUGGCUAUUCUUCGCAACCCGGAGUUUUUUGAGCACCGGAAGGAGGAGCGCUGUGCCAGACAAUGGGGAACAACAUGCAAGAACCACCCCUACAUCAAGAUGGUUAUGGAACAAGGAGAUUGGCUGAUUGGAGGAGAUCUUCAAGUCUUGGACCGAAUUUACUGGAAUGAUGGUCUUGAUCAGUAUCGUUUCACUCCUACUGAGCUAAAGCAGAAGUUUAAAGAUAUGAAUGCUGAUGCUGUCUUUGCCUUUCAAUUACGCAAUCCAGUGCACAAUGGACAUGCUCUGUUAAUGCAAGAUACCCAUAAGCAACUUCUAGAGAGGGGCUAUCGGCGCCCUGUCCUUCUCCUUCACCCUCUUGGUGGCUGGACAAAGGAUGAUGAUGUUCCUUUGAUGUGGCGUAUGAAGCAGCAUGCCGCAGUGCUGGAGGAAGGAGUCCUGAAUCCUGAAACAACAGUGGUGGCCAUCUUCCCAUCUCCCAUGAUGUAUGCUGGGCCAACUGAGGUCCAGUGGCAUUGCCGAGCACGGAUGGUUGCAGGAGCCAAUUUUUACAUUGUUGGACGAGACCCUGCUGGCAUGCCUCAUCCAGAAACAGGGAAGGAUCUUUAUGAGCCAACUCAUGGUGCCAAAGUGCUGACAAUGGCCCCUGGCCUAAUCACCUUGGAAAUAGUUCCCUUCCGAGUUGCAGCUUACAACAAGAAAAAGAAGCGUAUGGACUACUAUGACUCUGAACACCAUGAAGACUAUGAAUUUAUUUCAGGAACACGAAUGCGCAAACUUGCACGAGAAGGCCAGAAACCUCCAGAAGGUUUCAUGGCUCCCAAAGCCUGGACUGUGCUGAUGGAAUACUACAAAUCCUUGGAGAAAGCUUAAGCUGUUGACCCCGUCACUCUACCUUUGACACUUCACUGAGUAACAAGAGGGGACCAUGUAAUUACUGUUGGCAUUUCUUUGUGGUGGUUUCUGUCUGGAUACACUUCCUAAAAACAGACCACUUUCCUUAACUAGCAUCAGUUUUGGUCUGCCUUAUGAGUUUUGUUUUGAACUAGUGUUAACAGUAAAAACUGCUGGUUUUAAUGUACUUUUCCACUUAUUAUAGUUAAUAUUCCUACAGUACAAUUUUAAAAUCUUGUCUUUUUAUAUUAUAUUUAUGCUUCUGUCUUAUGAUUUUUUCAAGCUGUUAUAUUAGUUGUAACCAAUAGUAUACACAUUGAAUCUCAUUUUUCAUCCCUUGAAAAAAGGAAAAAAAAAUCCACUAAACAAUAACCUUGGCUAGACUUUGUUUUGGGAAUUUUACAAGACAUCUGUAGCAAUUAGAUUUUCUUUUUCUACAUUGAAAAUAUAAACUGCUUUCUUCUUUCCUUCCAAUAAGCUAUUGAUCUCUCAGCUGUUGUAAUCUAUUCUUACGAUCUGUGUAAGCCCUGAAUGAACUUUCUUUAUUCAGAAACAUUAAACUUUUGGCUUCUUA